AUGUCUGAAGAGGCCGCACACUUAGCACGGGAGGCCAAAGGCCUCCAUCAAGGUCUGAAGGAGUCGUUGAAAAUCCGCGACCCUUGGGAUAAAGAUGUUGGAUAUCAGAGAAAGAAUCUACGUUGGCAAUACCUGCGCUUGCUCUUCGUCCAUCCCUUCGCUGCAGAAUCCAGAGAUGCCGAGACACAUCUGUGGAUGCAGACGUCCUACACGUUCAUCACGAUCUACAAGCGGCGCAUUUCGUCUCUUGACAGUGCAAUGCACGGAUCCACUCGUCAAAACCACCAGCAGCAGCAUCGACAACACGGUGUCGAGUAUCGCAAGCUUCUCCAACGCUUCCGACAAUUCCUGACAGAUGAAGAGAAGUUCUGGACGCAGCUAGUCGUUCGCAUUUACAAGUCAUUCGCGCUCAGCGACGCCCAACGCGCUCUCGUUACGCUUGGUAUCGUCAUGCCAGAGGAUGAAGUGGUACCUCCCGCGACGGAGGGCGCCUCGUCGAGGCGGGACUUCCCGCUCGAGGCAGACUCAGUAUCUCCGGCAUUGGCAUCCGCAACACCUGAUCAACUGGAGAGUAGGAUAGCAAUGCUCAGCAAGGCACUGGUCUGUUUGGGCGACAUCGCGCGGUACAAGGAACAGUACAACGAAGCUGGUGGCCGCCCUCGAGCUGGUCACGAGGAUGGCCCUCCUGUUGUUCAACUUGGUAGGGGCGGACGGAACAGGAGAGGAGGAGCCGCAGCCGUGAUGCCGCCCACGAUGGCGCGUAUGCGGGACUACAAGAGAGCGCAGGAAUGUUACGAACAGGCUCGAUUGCUACUGCCUUACGAUGGCAAUCCAUCGCAUCAGCUGGCGAUCCUGGCCUCGUAUCAGAAGGAUACAUUCAACUCGCUCGUGCACUACUACCGCUCUCUAUGUGUGCGCCGACCGUAUGACACGGCUUCGGAGAAUAUGGCCGUGGUUCUGAGCAAGGCUUUGGAGCAGUGGAAGUCAAGGCAGGUCCAACAAGAGGAGGCAGGUGGCGAGGCGAAGAAUGGGUUGACGCCUCGUGAGAGAAUCAAUGCCUUCAAGGGGAAACUGAUCGCUAUGCAUGCGUUAUGGCAGCAUACCUCGGACGAGGCAAAUCCGAUGUUGCCGGAUUUGAAUCGAGAAAUCAUUAGCGAGUUCAAGUCCCUGGUAUCGGAACGUUUUCUUCCCGACGAUAUGAUCUCGAAAACCCUGGUUCUUGCCCAAGGCGCAUUAUGGAGACAUCGCAUGACACGUUCUACGUUGGGGACAAGCCAUGGGGCCCGCGCUACCGGUGCCGUGCUAAUAGAAUCUCGGAUCGCGACCCACCUCUUGGAUCUGCAUCUCGCUCUCUUGGAAGUAGGGAUCGCACAACUCGCCGAAGCUCCUGCGGAGGAUGACGGAGAGCAUGACCUCGCUCAACGCAUCACGGCACCGUUUCGCAGGACGCUUCCUGCCUUGCGUUUGGCAGGAAAAUGGGUUCGUGGGAAUGUCAAGUACGUUAGCCUCCCUGCAUCACAGCCACAGGAAGAGCGACAUUCAAAACACAUCGAGAGCACGAUCUACGGCAAGAACGCUGAGAAGAGAGAGAAGCACUCUAUGCUGUCUAUUGAUCCACAAGCUUUUUGGCAGGCGUAUGCGGAAUUUUCGAGCACCCUUCUGCGAGCGUUUCCUCUCGACAAGUUGCCCGUGCUCAACAGUCCGCUGGAGGAGGAUCGCGAGAUGCUCGGCUUUCUGCCAUUGAAGAACUUCAUGUUCGGCGAAGUGAAAUCAGUAGGUGCGGCAGGGGCAGAUUCCUUGACGGCAGACGAAGGAAAGGUAGUACCCGUGCCGGAGCAGGUCCACCCAAAUGUGGAGCAGUUGAUGCGGAUCUGGGAUUUGCUUGCCGACGCUCGCUCGCUGGUCAGCGACGAGAAUUCACCCUUGAUUUUGUCUAAUAAUCAAUUCGUGUUGCAAAAUCCAGAUGAGGUACACCCUACGGUUACGCAGUCAAACAUGGAUCAAUCACAGCAAUUGGGAGAGCUACCUGUAUUCUCGGCGACGUCACAGGAUAAGCCUGAAUACCACGACCUUGACGAUGACAACCUGACAGAACUGUCACGAACGACUGACGAUCCAGUAAGCGACGCCAUGCGAGAGGCGCUGGCUCACUCGGGCGAAACCUUGAGCUACUCCGACGAUGGUUCAGACGACGUGAUUCUAAUGGAUAGGAAUUCGUUCAGCAUGAAUUCGCCGCCACGUCUUGUCGCUCCUGUGUCUACCGUUUCCACUACGCCCCAUCGCUCUAAGCAUUCGAGUCCCGUUACUAGGUUGAGCCCUCCCAGGGCACAACCGCUGUCUCCCCUAUCUCGUCACAUAGGAAUUGAGACUACGCCGGAGAUUUCCAAAUUGCUGUCCGUAACAGCUGAAGAUCUCCUCAAAGGACUUGCACGCAAGCCGAAUCAUGGAGAACUUCCUCCACCUCAAAAUGGUGGUGGGCUGCCGCCGCCUAUGCUCUUCGGAUCUGGUGCUUUGGGAUCGUCAACACAGUCCAUAUGGUCGCCAUCGUUCGAUAGCUCCUCGUCCAGGUAUCCGGGUGCUGCCGGGACGAAUCUGUCCUCGUCACAUCGUUCGAACUCACUCUACUACACAACCCCUGUGCCAAGUCUUGCAGCUCCUUACACCGUCCAAAGCAACCAGAACCGAGAGGCCACUCAUUUUCUUGCGCCACCCAUCCACCCGACAUCUCCGAUCGGUGGGCAUCGCAGGGCUUCCUCUAUGGCUCGCUUACAAUCAUCCAUACCGAAUCAAAGGCCAUAUUACGAUCCCUCUAAGUCAUAUGUGCUUGCUGCUCAGCCUUCUAGUUCCCUCCUGCAUAGUACAGGGUCACCCACGGCUUACAUGGAUCCAGCAUCGUCUCCCUCAUCCAAUCGCCCCUACUAUCGGCAGUCCCCUCCUGGAUACCUGAGCUAUCACUCUGGUUUGAGGGCAGGUCAUAACCAGUUUAUUCUUGACCCGUGGAACGGUACAGGAUAA